AUACCACAUUCAUUUAUUGCAUAUGUAUAUGUGAUGUGGGCCCAUUCUGACCUGGCACGUAUAUAAGUUCUGCGGGAAGCGGACUGGACCAGCGACAAUUCGCCCCUCUUUCAACUUUUACACUCCUCAUCAGAAACUAUAUUUCGGAAGUCAUGGAUGCUCGCCCAAAGAUGUUAUACCUCCCAGACACUAUGGUUAACUGGCCCUGGCCUCGUACUAUCAAUCCUCAUUACGAAGAUGUGAAAGCUGAAGUCGAUGCUUCAUUCCGUGAUUUCAAGGCACUGAGUCCCAAGUCACAAGAAGCAUUCGACAAGUGUGAUUUUGCCCGCCUAUCAGCACUGGCUUAUCCCAACGCACCAAGAGAACACCUUCAAAGCAGUUGUGACCUGAUGAAUUUAUUCUUCAUUUUGGAGGAGUACACCGACAUGGAGAAUGAAGCAGUCACGAGGGAAAGGGUGGACAUCGUGCUCGAUGCCCUACACAAUCCCCAUAAGAUACGACCAGAAGGCGAAUGCAUCAUCGGCGAAAUUGCGCGACAAUUUUGGGCUCGCGCGACCCAAUCUGCAAGCCUGCCUUCUCAACGUCACUUCCUUGAAACAUUCGAUGAAUACCUUAAUUCAGUAGUUGUCGAGGCCCUCGACCGUGAGCAAGGCCGUAGGCGCAGUCUCGAUGACUACAUCAAGCUCCGGUGCGCAACUGUUGGGUUAAAACCUUCUUUAACAAUAUUGGAGAUGGGGAUGGACCUUCCUGAUGAAGUGUUCCGGCAUCCCGUCAUCAUGGAUCUUGUUAAUUACAUCACAGAGCUCAUAUUUAUCGAUAAUGACAUGACGUCGUACAGCAAGGAGCAAGCGGCUGGGAACGAAUUCCAUAAUUUGAUCAGCAUCGUCAUGUUGGAACUGGACCUCGACAGUGGCAGCGCGAUGGCUUGGGCAGCACAUUAUCACGCUGAAGUUCAGAAACGAUUUAUCGACGGUCUUGCGAAGGUUCCCUCAUGGGGGCCUUCCGUCGACGUCCUAGUCAAGGAGUACCUUAACGGGGCAGCAAACUGGGUUCGGGCAAGCCAUUCUUGGGGUUUUGAAAGUCAAAGGUACUUUAGCACCAUGGGCCCGGAAAUACGACAAACUAGGCUUGUCCCGUUGUUGCCAGUGCCCGAUCGCAAAACCAUGUGAAUCUAUUAGAUCUUUCCAGAUUUUCCACAGAAUCUGGCGCUAGCUAUUCUUGUACCUCGUAAAUUUUAUUUUGAUAUGUCACUACCAUGCUUCUCACUUUGUCUCUCAUACACGCCACUCUUGUCUCUAGCUUUCAGCCGACUAGUUACUUUUCGUUUUGAUAUGUCACUACCAUGCUUCUCACUUGGUCUCUUAUAUAUGACACUCUUGUCUCUAGCUUUCAGCCGACUAGUACUUUUCAUAUGACUUUUGUAACCCUACUGGCAGUCGCAGUUACUUCAAGUUUUUUGUUGAUUAUCGUUGGAGUAGGAGUUCCGCGGGCAUUGUGUGCUACUCUAGAAGCCAUCGACAAUCUACCAGUGA